UAUUAGCGGGAUUUCCUCACAAGCUCGUAGUAAAACUGGGUUCACCGAGUUCACAGCUUGUUCCUGUGUCGCGCUGAACACCAAACCUUACAGUGGAAAUUCGUUUCCUGUAGCAGUUUGGGACUGUUUCCGUUAUCAAGGUCUGUUGCCGGUUUUUCCAGUACAUUGGAUUUAUAAGAAGCAGCAUUCACAAUGGCAUCGGUCAUAUCACUCCGAUAUUGCGACCAUCGCGACCACAACUACCACCGUUGCUCCUCGGAGACUUCAGAAGUCAACUCCUUGGACGACAGCGAAGUGGAUUCCUGCUUCAUGGGCGCCGAACAGGAGGAGGAAUUUUACGCCUCCAGCGUGACCCCGCCCACCCCCGGCGAGGAUAUCUGGAACAAGUUUGAGCUCUACCCGACCCCUCCGCUCAGCCCCAGUCAUCCUGACGAAGACGACAGAGAGGUGGAGCACAAUCUCAAAUUUGAGGAGGAGUCGGAUCUUCUUCACGAAGUCACCAACAUCCUCAUGGACGAUGAGGAUUUCCCCUGGAUGACGCACAAGUGUCAUUUCACCGAUCCGGUCUUCCGCGCCCAGUCCCCGGUCACCCCACCCCUGAUUCAGGACUGCAUGUGGAGCAGCAUCAUCGCCGAGGAACGGCGGAAGUUCUUCAUGAAGACGGGGAAAAAGAGCGAGGAGAAACCCAAGAAAGCCGCAUCGUCCACAAACUCUCAGAUGCUCCCGCCCCUGGUGCCUGCAUCAGAGUACGGGUCGUCGGACUGUGUUGACCCAUCAGCAGUCUUCCCUUACCCACUGAGCGAGACGCGAUUGGAUUUAUUCAGCACAGGAACAAAUACACCAUCAGACUCUGAAGAAGAAAUUGACGUCGUAACAGUUGAAAAGAAGUUUUCCAGUCAGCACCACCACCAUCAUCAUCACAAGUCGCACGCCACGACAAGACCCUACCACAGACAUCAGACGACAAAGCCUAAAUCAUCGCAGCAGCAGCAGCAACAGCAACAACAGGCCAUCAAUAUCACCUUACUUGGCAAGCGGGGGCGCCCUUCCAAUGCUACCAUCCUCGCCAUCCCGAUUAAGAAGCUGAGGGCAGAGGGCAACCUGGAGGAAGUCAAGCAGAUGUUGCAGAAGUCCAAUCUGGUCCGGACCUCAUCCUCGAGUCACAGUCGAGGGAGCAGUCGCGGGAGCAGCCGCAACAGCAGUCGGCCUUCCAGUCUUCCUUCCAGUCAGCCUGGCAGUCAUCCGUCUUCCGACUCGGAGGAUACGGAGAAGAGGGCGUGUCACAACGUCUUGGAGAGAAAGAGGCGGGAGGAUCUCAGGACGAGCUUCCUUCACCUGCGGGAUGAGGUGCCAGAGCUGAACUCCUCGGAGCGUGCUGCCAAAGUCGUCAUUCUCAAGAAAGCAACGGACUAUGUCAUCAGCCUUCAAGACAAGGAGGAGAGUCUUAAGAUGGAGUAUGAGACAGAAAACAGAAGGAACCUUCAUUUGAGGGAGCGGCUGGAAGCCUUGCUGGCAUCUGUGCCGAUGUAAAAACACUUCCCCAAACCUUGAACUUGGGACCAAGGACGUUAGGACAAGUUGAGAGGCUUCUUGCAAAUUGAAGAAUUUGCUGAGGUUUUCUUAAUCCUGGGCUGUUUGAUAAAGUGAAAGUGGAGUCCUCCUAUUUUUGUUGGAUGGAAACAAACUAUUAUCGCAGAGAAACUCUGGAAGACUUGCGAAAACAAGAACUGCCUUGUUGUAACUGAGCAGCUGAUGAGAAGGGACUUGGAACAGUUUGUGAGAAGCGAUUCAUAGAAGAAAUGUUUAUUUUUGUAAAUAGGUUUUGCGAUUGGUUUGUAUUGAAAGAGUUGUUCGGUCUGUAUGAGUUUACAGCCCUUGUAUAUAAUGUAUCAAAGCAAACAAAAUAACAGAUGUAUGUCACAAUAUUUUAGUUCUUCUCAUAUUAUAUCUAAUUAUGUUUUGUAAUUCUUUUAUAUAUUUUUUAACAUGCACAUUUAACAAAAGUUAGAGCCUUACGAGAAAAAUGAAAGCUGUCGUGGAAGCCCAAGAAAGUUUGUUUCUGUUUCUCGUCUUUUUGGUCAACAAUUAUGUCUGGACCUCAAAAGACUUCGUCUUUAGAGCUGAAGGACAACUGAGAGCAAAGAUCGAUACUGUUCCGAAAUGACAUAUUUUGUCAAAGCUAGGCUUGUUGAUCCAUUUUUCGAAAACCUUAAAAUUAAAUGCUUUGCACAUUUUGAACGAAAAGUACUGAAGAAAGUACUUUGAAAGAAGCAGAUGAAAAGAAGAGUUUGUUCUGACCUCAAAGGACUUUCACCAGCAUUUCCAUACUUGCAUGAAGCCAAACUACUUUGUACUUGUGCAUGUUUUUUUGUUUUGCAUCAUUUCUCAUUACAAAUAACGUCUGAUGAUUAUUUGGGUUUUUUGGUGGCUUGUUUGUUUUUUUCUUCAGAAUAUUAUUUCAAUGUGCAAACUUUAUUGAACUUCUAUUUUCUUACUUUAUUUUUUGAUUUUUGAGAUAAAAGAGCUUACGCAUUUGAAUCCUUUUAAUUAGUGAAUUUAAAGAAGAAUGAAAGAAAUCAAGCCUAGUUCUUGGGUUGGGAGUUCUUGUUAGGUUAAAAAGAAUUUCUUGGGAAUUUGUAACUUGAAAUAGCAUUUUUAACGAAUUCGGAGCUAGGAAGUUCCUUUUUGGUCAAAACUUGAUUUUCAAAAAAAUAUAAGAAAAAUGAUUAUGAAAAUGUGGCUGGUUUGUCAAACAAAAUGAAUUUGUUGUCUUUCUGAUAAGAACUGAUCAUUUUACCAAAAAGCAUUAUUGCUAUCAAAAUUUUAGCAAUGACCACCACUUCAAAAUUUUAUCUGAAUCUCCAGUUUUUUCAAGGAAUUUUCAAAUAGUUUUAAAAUGGUUUCAAACACUGUAUAUCUGAGAAAAAGAAAAAUUAAUUUCUGAUUGAUUUCAAAUUAACCCUCAUGCAAAUCUUCCAGUUUAUUUGAAUGACCAAGUAAAAUUUACCAUUAUUUGAAUGCAAACGUUUUAACAAUUGAAAUUUGUUAAUUAAGGAGUUGCUGUUGAUGUCGUUUACUUUCUAAGUUUUUUCCACUGCCAGUUUACAAGUUGCAAAUACCGCCCGUAUGGAGUUGCUUUUCUUUUAAUUUCUGAUCACUAUAAAAUUGUUGCUAGUUUGUCUUGCAAGUGUACGAGAAAAACCCAGAAAAUAUACUUUCAACGAUGGCUUUUAAA